AGUAAAAGGUAUUUUGUAUUCAAUCGAGCUAAGUCUCUCACUCCUUCUUCAAUUAUUUUUGAGUACUUCGUAAUCUCCGUAACACAUCUUCAGAGGAACAAAAAAAAAUCUAGAUAGCAAUUAUGCAUCUGAGAUUUCUUUACUGUAAGAAAAAAAAUUCCCUCAAAAAACUUUUAAUUUCAUUAAGCCUAACCAGUUUCUUAUGGAACAUCUUUACUGCUCUUUUGUUCUUCAUCAAAUCAUGAGAUUCUGUUACUAUUCUACCCUGAUUUUUCAGAUAAGUUAUUAACACGAUUUGGAUUUCGUUUAAUUGAAGAUACAAAUUUUUGUUAGGGUUUUCUGUAGAUUACUAUUGUUAAUCUAAUUAUAGUUGUUUUUCUGCCCUAAUUUCUAUUUUCAGAUUGAAAAAAACAGUUGGUGUAUUUCAAGGAUUAAUUUGCAAUCAGAUCUGGUUAAAAGAAAUAGUUGGUACGAUUUAAAAGAUUCAUUUGCAAUCACAUCAGAAUGUCAGAUGUGAUUCUAAAAGAUUGGAUGGAUGAAAGUGAUAUUUUUAGUAAAGUUUAUCGAGAUGGGGUUAGACACUUUAUCAGUUUUGCUGUAAGAUAUGGUUACUCGAAGUCGAUAUAUGCCUGCCCUUGUAAUAAGUGCGGAAAUACAAAGAAUCUAGAAAUCGAAAAAGUUAGGCAACAUCUACUAGAGAAGGGUAUAGACAAGAGGUAUCUUAUGUGGGCUUUUCAUGGUGAGAAAUCAACUAAUAGAAGCACAGUCCGAGAAGAAAACAUCAGUGAACCAAACAGGGAUGAAGGUGUGCCUGAAAUGAGAAGAUUGGUUGAUGCUGCAUUUUGAGUGCAUGAAAUGGUAGAUGAUGACAUUAGUAGCGACGAGGCAGGUCAGUUAGAAUCUUUAGUUGCAGAACCUGAUUUAGGAAAACAGUACGAGAAAUAUAAGGUCUUAGCAGAAGAGAAAUUAUACCCUAACCAUCAAGGUAACCAUACAACUCUAUCUGCAGUUGUUGAACUUCAUAACAUAAAAAAGAUGUACGGUAUUUCAGGCAACGCCAUGAGCUCUAUCCUGUCAACGGUAAAACAAUGGAUUCCUGAAGGUAAUACUUUGCCUGAGAAAUACCCUACAAUGAAAACAAUGCUGACUGACCUUGGCAUGACUGUAAAGUCAAUUCAUGCUUGUGAGAAUCAUUGUAUUCUCUAUUAUAAAAAUUAUGAGAAGGAAACGUUCCGAUGGGGGUUACUCCAAGUAAUUGGACCGCUUUCGUCGAGAAUGAGUUCAAAGGAGGCAGAGAAAGCCAUGAAAAAAAAUCAGAAAACAAAAAGAAAUGCACAAUCCCCCAUACUCUUGGGAGGCGUACCUGUGCAACCAAAUGUCAUCUCCUUGCAGAAGAGGAUGGGAUGCUUACAGAAGAUCGCGAAUACGCUUGGAUGAAGGGUCAUGGAAUAAGCGAUGGAACUGUUCAUCCAUCAGCAGUUGAAAAAUAUGUAGGUAUUUCAAGAAUUAAAAGCAUGUCAAACUUUUACUUAAACUUUCCUAACCGUUAUUGGGUUACACAUAUUACGCACGAACAAGUCAAAGGUGCCUAUGAGAAGCAAAAAAAGAAAGGAACUAACCGCUCAUAUGAUUUUGGUUCCGAUGGUUUAGUUGAUGUCUUUGGCCCAGACAAGGGUAAAAGGUCUUUACGUGUCUUUUCCUCCAGCGUUUCUGCGAAGCGUGCUAAGCAAGCAUUCCUAACUGCUGCUCUUCGCGAUUCUACAGUUAACAAAUGCAACUCUCCUGUCAUCGGACUAAAAAAGGUAAACCCAACUCUUGCAAUUUACAAUGUGUUAAUCAAAUUUGUACUUCAAUGAUUGCAACCUUAUACUUCCAUAUCAAAUUUCUACUUCAAUAACUACAGCCUUUUAACUCUCAUAUGGCUUGUUUUAGUACUGUAAGUGAAAAUUGUGAUGUUGGUGCGUGUGAAACUGAAAGUUCAAAUGAGAAGUAUGUUGAAUGGCAUAUAAUUUUUGUAGGUUGGUAGUCUCUCCCAUGUAAGAUCUUGGCUACUUUGACUAGAAAUCCUUUCUUAUUUUUCCAUUAAUAUUUGGCAGACCACGUUUCAGUUCAUCCUUCUUUUUUUUCUUUUUUUUGAUCUGAUCUGUAUGAUCCUAAAAGUUAACUUACCCAUGAUUACUGGUUAUCCUUCUCUCAGUAUUUGUAAUCAGGUUAUCUUUUAGGAAAUGAUUAAUGAUAAUACACAUUAUAUAUGACGACUUUAUAUUUUUCUUCUUCAUGCAUUCUAUGUGGUGACCGGUUUGGAAUAUGAAAUCUGUCACCACAUAAUUGUCUAAAAGAACGAGAGUAAAGUUCGCAUAGAAUGCAUCUACGAGGAUUCUGCACCAAUCUGGGACCCUCCUCAAGGUGAUGACUAAUAUAAGCUAUCUUCCUAUGUUGGUGGUGGUUGGGUAGUGUGGCAUGAGAAGCGUUUGCAAUUUAUAAAUUAAACUGUGUACCUUGUUACAGAAGUACUAUUAGGUAGAGUUUAUGUUUAAGUUAUAAUAAUUUUUAGUUUUUAUUGGUUAGUGUUAUUGAAGAUAUUAGUUGAUGUUGAGACAAAUUUCUUUUUAUUAAUUUAAUGUCUGUUAAACUUUUUGGGUA